AUUAGUCUCAAAGGUACCAUAGCUAUGUCAACAAAAUUUGACAUUUGUGACGACUGAUUCCCGAGAUUCUUUCUGCGACUCUAUAACUUAGAUUCUGAGAUUUGUGAUUAAAAUUGACUUUUUGCUGAGAUCAUAAAUAGGUUGAGAGAUGUGAAAAGAGGGGUUCUCUUUGACCAGGAGAGAGUGAGAUGGAGAAAUCUUAUGAUGAAGAUAUUACAGAGAAUCGCUUCUUUACUACGCUACAGAGUAAACAUAAGCAGCUAUAUCAUCAAGCUACUCAACAGAGAUGUAUGAUCUGUGUCCCAAGGACAGGUGUAUUUACAAGGAUAUCAUUAAGCCAAACAGACUUUGAGAAUCAUAUAUUGCGACAGCAAGAUGAACAACUCAACAUCUAUGAAACCCUCAAUAAAAAGAAAGCUAAAGUAACAGGCAUAGAUAUUACCACUGAAGAGGGAUUUAAAGAGGCUAGAUCUGUACACAUCUUGUUUGACGAGACAUUUUACAAUGCCAAUGAGGAGAGCUUUAGAGUGUUAUGUAUUGACAGACUGCUGGAAGGAGGAACAAAUAUUAUUGAGGAUCCAGUGUUGACUUGUCUUGAGACCUACGAAGAUUGCUGUGAUUUCCUAUGGGGAAACAAACACAGCAAGACAUCUCAGAAGAAGGUAGAAGACCUAAUGGAACAGUUCUGUGGGACAUCACAGAAAGCCGAUACCCUUAGACAGAUCAUAGAUGCUACUAGUACGCUCUUCACUAAAUGCAUCCAGAUUGCUCUUAAAGAUGUUGUUCUGCGUACAAUGCAGAAGAAUGCAGGUCAUAUGGAUAACCUUAAGAUUGCCAUGGAAACCUAUAUCAUGAAUGGAAUCUACACCAAGGUUUUCAAGGCAGUCAGCCAGUUCUAUGCAGUUGAGGAUGCCAAUCUGAACAAGAUAACCCGGAACCUGUCCGAACUGCAGGUCAAGGAUGUGGGCGUGAGGCUAGAGUUCACCACUAAUGUCCCAAGGGCGCGAAGAGAGAUGUCCACCAUUAACAAGUUCAGCACCCCUCUUGGCAAGAUGCAGUGUCUGAGGAGAACGGUCCUUGCAAUCACACAGCAGGGAUUCAGAGGGAAGAUCAAUGAUAGUGCUCGUGCUAUGUCAUCAGAUGACCUCCUACCCUUGUUGGUCUUCUUAGUGGUCAAAUCGGACAUCCCAAACUGGCUGGCUAAUCUAUCUUACAUGCAGAACUUCUGUCUCUCAAACUUUGCUGGUGGAGAAUUUGGAUUCUACAUGGCGUCAAUAGAGGCAGCAGUGGAGCAUGUGAAGUCCGGUGCCAUGAGCAACUCCACCCCCGCCACGCCCAUCUCCAUAGACCGGUCCCGCUAUUCUUUGCCCCCAUCCUCCCCUACAAAGUCUGGAUCAGAGAGCCUGUGGCAGAAAAUAGACUCCUCGGAUCAUGAGAAUACUCCAGCUGUAGAUAUCUUAUUUCAGCGAGUGAUGGAGGGAAACAAAAAUGAUGUUGAGUCUAUGUUAGAGGCCAGCAGUACAGAUUACAGUUGGCUUAUUAACAAGAUGUGUCAUCCACUCUGCUCUUGUGACAGUUGUGAACAAAUCUUAGCAAGCAAGCGGAAUGACCCCAGAGCAGUUACAGCAUCAUCAAGAGAUAACAGGGGUUGUACUCCUAUGCAUGCUGCAGCUGCUUAUGGUCAUCCUGAAAUAAUCAGUAUUCUGAUGAGACGAGGAGGUGAAGUAAAUGUAACAGAUUAUCACGGAUCAACCCCAUUGCAUCUUGCUUGUCAGAGAGGCCAUCAGAAUGUUACAUUAUUGCUUCUUGCUAAAGGUGCUCUUGUCAGUAUAGAGGACAAUGAUGGCAACCGACCUCUGCAUCUUUGCUGUGCUAAUGGCCAUGAAGAGUGUGUGAAGGCAUUACUUUACUCUACCAGACCAUCCCAAAGGGUGUUUAUCAAUGCAACAAACACCAGAGGAGAUACAGCACUACACUUAGCAUCAAGAUGGGGAUAUGCUAACAUUGUAUCACUGUUGAUAGAGCACGGUGCAUCAGUAGAAGCGAGGAACAGAAGACAGGAGACGCCUCUCAUGUGCUCUCAUAAUAUCAACAUCUCAAGAACCAUUCUAUUCAGUACACAAGAUGAGGCCGACCAGAAUUCAAUGUCUCCAUACGCCACCAGUCCUCCCAUAGCAAGCAUCCUAUCUACCGUUGGUGAUGAAGAUAUUCUGGUGACGCCAAUCAAGGUCUCUGUUACUCGACUUACCAAGAAACUACAACCUGCACAAAAAGAGGUUGAGAAGUUGCUUCGCAGUGUUGCCGAUGGUGACAUCCUAAUGAUGAAGCAUCAUCUAGGUUGGCUUAGCGAUGAUGAAUAUGAUGAUGACGACGAUGAUGAUGACAACAUUCCAUUGGACUCUAAAUUGUGUCAUCCUCUCUGUCAAUGUCCCAAAUGUGCAAUGCUACAAAAGCGUACCACGAUCAGCGCCACCGGCCUGAGCGUGAACUCCCACAACCAAGAAGGCUACACAGCCCUUCACGUUGCUGCGUUACACGGCCAUGACGCCAUGAUUGAUGUGUUGCUCCGUCGAGGGGCGAGUGUCAAUCAGAAGAAUGGCAGUAGUCAGCAGUGUACACCCCUUCAUCUAGCUUGCCAGUGCAACCAUCCAAAGAUUGUAUCCAAACUCCUGCAUCAUGCAGCCAAGUGCAAUAUAAGAGAUGUGAGAGGUAACACACCGCUCCAUUACUGCUGCCUGAAUGGACAUCUGGAACCAGCAGAGGCUUUAUUACAGUACGGUGCCAACGUUAAUCAAACCAAUCAAAGAGGUAAUACGCCCCUUCACGAGGCAGCAAGGUUUAACUUCACAUCCUUGGUCAAGUUAUUGCUGGACAGUGGUCAAGCUAAUCCUCAUUGUAGGAACAAAGCACAGCAGAUACCUCUUAGGCUCACUCAGAAACAAAGUGACAUUGCUAAGAUGUUGAAAGCAGCCAUGAGACGAGACGAUGACCUGGAGUCGGUGACUUCGACGGAGACCAAUGCAUCCUCUAGCUCCUCUCAGACUGAUCCUCUAGAAUCUAUCCAGGAAACGGGACAAUCUUCAGCUCCACCACCCCAACCUCUAACACCUCCACCCCCUAGACCGCUUGACAAUGAAAAUGCGCUCCCACGACCUCUAAGCGUCCAUGACCUCUUCAACUAUUUCUGCGACACGGACCGUACCACUAUGCGUGCCUUGAACCAAUCCAUCAGGGAAUUCGAACCCGCCCGUCAACUCAGACAUGUCGAGGUUGAGGACAAACACCAGGAGAACUGGAAUCUCUAUCUUAGACAACAGCUUGAAAUCCAGCACUUUGAUAAAAAGAAACUGAGACGAACCAAGACUGAGGAUAAGAGUGGACCAUUCUUUGAUUUGAUCAAAGAAGAACUUAGCAAUACAUCUCAUAUUGAGAACUCGGACAGUGACUCGGAUCAUGUGAUGCCAGAGCAUCAGGAUGAUUACCAUGACAACAGGACACCUGAAUCAUCAGGUUACCAUGGCAACUCAGUAGAGCAAGACAGUGAUAGGACACCAUCUGAAUUAAAAACAAUAGAACGGGACAGUGAUGGAUUAUCUAGUUUCAUCAGAUCAAGUAGUUUUUCAAAGGGGUCGCCAGAGACUUUAGAAAGAGGGAACCUCGACAGAAGCGAAGUAGUGGACCAAAUUAGUGAUGCAGGGGAAGAAAAUGGUGCGUUGAAAUCCGGGACGCACUCGUCCAUUACGAGCUCCGCUGUAUCGAGGACAGACGCAGAACACGGAAUGCUAGUAAACCAAAGCCAAAACAAUUCAAACAGCAAUAGUGUAUACAUUGGUUCAUCUGUGAACCACAAAGACAAUGUAAAUAGAGCAGUCCUUGAGAGUGAGAACACACCUGGAUGUGUUAACACUCGUAUUAACCAUGAAGAUCAUUCAAGAGGAACUGUUGAGGAUGAUGCGUAUCAUAGCAACCAAGACCAAGGGAGAGUGCAUCCUCCCAUAGAGGGUUUGAAGAUACCAGUAUCAGGCUCCACUCUUAAUGGAGUUUGCCAAGAUGAAGAGUAGUACAUAUCUCUAUGUACUUCUCUUUUUUUCCAGUUCAAUGGAAGACAAUAGCAGCGAAUAUCUCUUUAAUCAUGAAAUCUGUAUAACAACUCAAUUAGGAGAAUAGUCAGAAGUGAAAUGUUGCACAGUUGGAGUUUUCAAGUAUGGUGUUGAUGUUGGUGUUGGUGCUGGAAGCAAUAUGAUGAACAUUGAUUACAAACACCAUACCAGUCUCAUUAUUGAGAGUUUAACACCAAGUUAAGUCAGCACCAGCAGGUGUAGUGAUUUAUAGUUUUAUUACCAUAGCACCAACACCAGCUUUUUAACACCAAAUUUGAAAAUACCCUAAGUAAUGGUAUAUCUU